AUGACAGGAUAUGAAUUGAGUCCAUGGUGGAGGUUGGAUCUCUUGGAUUAUUAUAGGAUUAGUACAGUAGUCAUCACUGCUAGAUCAGAUGGUGCUCCUCAGCAAACCAAUGGAGCAGAGAUUCGUAUUGGAAACUCCACUGUAAACAAUGGAACCAACAAUCCCAGAUGUGCUGUAACUUCAGGUUUUCAACUUGGUCAAACUAUCAGUUACUCAUGUGGUGUAAUGGUGGGACGUUAUAUAACUCUGGUCAUGACUGGACAUAGAUAUACUCUCUCUCUCUGUGAGGUUGAGGUCUAUGAUACAGAGAAUAUAGCACGUAAAGGAACGGUUAUACAGCCAUCAACAUUUUACCCUAGGGUAGCUGAAAACGCCAUAGAUGGAAUAAGAUAUGGAUCAGUUGAAGCCUAUUGCUCCACAACCGGACUUGAAGCUACACCAUGGUGGAGGUUGGAUCUCCUGGAUUAUUAUACUAGUACAAUAAUCAUCACUGCUAGAUCAGAUGCUUAUUUUGGUGAAACCAAUGGAGCAGAGAUUCGGAUUGGAGACUCACUGGAAAACAAUGGAAACAACAAUCCCAGAUGUGCUGUAGUAUCUGGUCUUACUGCCAGUGCCAGUACCUUCAGUUAUUCGUGUGAUGGAAUGGAGGGACGUUAUGUGAAUGUGAUCCUACCUGGAACUGGUUAUCUCACUCUGUGUGAGAUGGAGGUCUAUGGAAAACGUGUUUUAAGAAAAAGCAUUUUGAGACUGAAAUUUCUCUCCCGUGUUGAUGCAGCGGCUCUGAGCGACAAAAUCCUCUCUCAGGAGCAGCUAAGGGCAGACAGCGUGUGUGCCGAAGUGAUGAAAUACUGCAUCAAAGGCUGGCCAGACCGCAGUAGAUUGGAUGCUCUGGUAGACCCUACUGGACUGAAAGAGCUGUUCUCAGCACUCACAAUGGGCUGUUAUUGCGGGGUACUAGACUGGUAUGUGGAGGUGGCCCAGCUGGGGCCGAUGAGAAGUGCAGAUGUGGUAAAUCACCUCAAGUCAAUUUUCGCCAGGCACGGAAUACCAGAGAUUCUAGUCACAGACAACGGGCCUCAGUUCACGGGGGCUCACAUGACUGCUAUCGCCUCUGAGUAUGAGUUUGAGCAUGUAACGAGCAGCCCAAGAUACCCACAGAGCAACAGUGAGGCCGUUCAAACCAUCAAAAACCUGCUGAAGAAAGCAACUGACCCGUAUCGUGCGCUGCUAGCUUACACGAACACUCCUUUGGGCAAUGGCUUCAGUCCGGCUCAACUGCUCAUGGGGCGCUGCCUGCGCACAACUUUGCCAGUUCACCCGGUGGUGUUGGAGCUAGCCAUCCCAGACCUAGAGAAAAGAUAG